AUGAGAUUUGUACGCCGGCCGUUGCCGUUUCUGUGUACCCGUCUUUUGACCCUAGCUGGAACCCUAGUUUGUUCUUUUUUGACAGCAUCUUCUUCAUCCCGAAUUAGUGCGGCAAACUCAAGCAGUGACAAUGAUGACGGCUCGUCGGAGCGCGACACAGGCAUUGUGGGAGUCGCUCGAGGGAACGGCGGCCAUAGUCGUCCUCGUGGAGGAGCAGCACAGCGGCGUGGGAGGUCUCCAACACUCCGCGGGCAUCAGCGACGGGGCAGAGAUGCGCUCCUUGCUUCUUCCACGGCGAAGAUGCCGGGAAGUUUCUCGCAGAGGCCCGCGGCGCAACACCGCGAGGACCCACAAGGCACUACACCACCAGAUGCAGCGGCGAAUCACUCAUCUCCGCGGAUUCUGGCAACGCAACCUACAGGCAACACGCUUGUGCUGUUUGCCGGAACGGGUCAAGGUCAUCAAAAUCCACCGCUCCUGUUACCCGUCCUCGCGCCCACACGUGGUACAGAAGGCACAACAGCGCAGGACCUUGUUCGACAAGACGACGUAGACGUACCGCACCCUGCAGCGACAGCACAGCAGGCGUCUUCAUCGGCUGCUGCCACUCUCUACUGGGGAAACCCUUCAAGAGCGAGCCGCAUCAAUCAGUUGGGUGGUGCGGUUGA